UGUAAGCCAACAUAAAUGUUAUAAAGCACGUCAAUAAGCAACUAUACCUAAUUUGUCAAACAAGUUCAUACAACUAUUGAUACUUGGGCAUGAAUUAACGACACUAAUAUUAUGGCGUCAUAAUUCUCCAAAAGGUGGACCACUAUCUACGAUCAUAUGGCAACUUUACAGAACACAAGCAGUCCACGGCGGAUUCAGGAGGGUCCACUCAUUGAUCAGCUGAAUGAGGAGCAAUUUAUGAUCCUCAUACCUUCGUUUGUUCUUGUGAUAGUUAUAAUAAUGGUCGGCCUACCGGGAAAUAUCAUCACUAUCUGCGUAUACAGGAAUAGAAUGAGGAGGACGGCGUCAAGGGUGUUCAUUAUCGCCCUGUCGAUAUGUGACCUUGUAAACUUACUGAUCACUAUGCCCUUUGAAAUAAGUAUCAUCGUCAGAUAUUGGUCGUACGAUUUCCCGUAUCUCUGUUGCAUUGGUCACACGCUGACGUAUGCGCUUAAUGGUACCUCUGCCUUGCUGCUUUGUGCUAUUGCAGUCGACAGAUUCAGGAAAAUUUGCCGGCCAUUGAAACCAGUGUUCACUCCAAAGAAAAUCAAAUUAAUUUGUGGUGUGUCUACAGCAUUGGCUUUUGCAUUUUAUAUACCUGGCUACAUACUCUACGGAACACAAACGGUCGAAUUUCCCGGAAGAAAUGGAACGAUUUUGAUUGGAAAAACGUGCAAAAUUAGCGAUAAAUACAAGAGGUCUAGACUUGCUCCUCCAAUACUGGGGACAUGGUUUCUUGCAACAGUUAUAAUCAUGAUCGUGCUGAUCGUGUCCUAUGUUUUAAUAGGAAGAGCCAUAUACAAGCGAUUGAAAUUGGAGGAGCAAAGACAUGGGUCAGUCUCUGUCCCAGUUAAACCAAAGUUGAGACGAGUGGUCGCCGAUGACUCAUCGGAAACAAGUUGUUCGUUUGAUAAUGUCGUGGAUGAGAACAAGCCAACUCCAAAACACAGGAAAGACCAAAAGCUAGUGCUCAAAACCAUGUCAUUGCCUGCGCAGAGAAAAAUUAAUAAGACGUUGAAAGACAAAUUCAGGUUGUCAUCGCCUACAGUGUUUAAGAUCAAGGAAAUUAAGACCUCGGAGAGUUUCACAAAGAGAAUUCGGGCAGGCCGAACGACCAUGAUGCUGUUUUCUGUCACAGUUGCUUAUGUGAUCAGUUUCAUUCCAUUUUGUGUUAUAAUGUCACUGAGAACAGCUGUACCGAAUAUGGAGUCCAUUUUGUCAAGUGCUCAGAGAAGUGUCUGGAAUUUCUUCCUACGAUCUUACGUUUUUAACUGUGCUAUAAACCCGAUCCUGUAUGGGUUCUUUAACAAGGACUUUCGAACAAAAAUGACUGAUAUGAUCCAUGGGUGGUGUUGUAGAUAAGGAGUUAGCUAAGAUAACCCUACUUAAGUGAAGUGAAUGAAAAAAUGCAUUAGUUUAAGUGCAAAUUCCGCUCGGAUUAUUGAUCUAGUAACAUGACUUAAUUACUUGCAUAAAACAUUUUAUAGCAAAUACCUGCAGAAGUUUGUUUUGAAAUCAUGUCUGUAUGAAAUGCAUUCUGAUCAAAUCGGGAUAUGGUUAUGUAUGGUAGUAUCAGUUUUAUUAUAAAAAAUAUACAUUUUACAUUACAAUUAAAUUACUUUGGCAAAACAAUACAUGCAGUUAAUACGUACAAACAUGCAAUUUCAUUAAUAAAUAUAAACUAUAAAUGAAAAAUAAUAAAUGCCCGCUUAACAUGGACAACAAUAAUUUGAGUAAAGAUAUGUCAAUUGAGAUUAUCUUUGCGUCUAGCUCUGGGACUUUCCAUAAAACAAGUCAUUUCUUCCCAUACGUCCAAUUCCUUAAAAAACAUUGUCAAGAUAAAAGAAAAGUAAGUGUUUUUAUAAUUAAAGUAUAUUUUUUUAAGUCAUUGGAAAUAAAGUAUUUCAGAUAUAAUUAGGUCACUAAAUAAUAUGAGCCUAAGAGAGAUUUUAAGUUAGGAGGAGGACUUAAGUUAGGAAAUGACUGAAACUGUUUUAUGAAUACCGACACGGAGCAGUUUUAAAACAAAUGUAAACCUGUGGGGUUGUGUUGUACUUUCACAUAAAUGUAACUGGUAUAUGUGUA